AUGCCUGGAAGUCGAGGUUCUGAAGCAUUGGCAGUUGUCAUAACACUCUAUAUCACAAGCUCUAUAGCCAUAGGCCUCCGAUUCUACACUCAUGGCUUCAUUCUCAAGCACUUCUUCGCUGAAGAUUAUAUAACAUUAGUUUCAUUGGUAUUAUAUACAGCUUACACCAUCUGUGCAGCCCUUUCCAUCAAAUAUGGACUAGGUUCGCAUGUCAUUGAUGUGCCUCCUGAUGAUCGCCCAAAGGCUAUUCUUUAUAGAUGGAUUACCACUUUCAUAUACGUAAUUCUUUCCAUGUUGACUAAAUGGAUUGUCGGUAUAUUCCUCCUGCGAAUCUGUCCACGCAAACGCUGGCGACAAAUCACCAUCCGGGUCAUUUUGGCCGUUAUCACUGUGUUCAGCCUUAUAUAUGAAGUAUUUGCUAUCCGAACUUGCGAUCCGAUUGAGUUGCAAUGGACGAGAUAUAAUCCCAUUCCACCGACUGAGGGUAGCUGCAACGCAACAACAUUCGCCACGGUCACGAUAUACAUCUCAGCGUUUCUUAAUGUUGUCGCUGACUGGAUAUUGCCCGCACUUCCAGCCACUCUUGUCUGGAAAGCACAGAUACCACAGCGAGAGAAGAUCUCCAUCAUUGUCUUGCUUGCUUUGGGGUCUGUUGCCUCUAUCGCUACAAUCGUUCGCAUUCCUUUCGCAAAAGGCUAUCUUGAUAACCCAGAUUACCUCUAUACAACCAUUGACCUAGGUAUUUGGAGCACGGUUGAGAUUGGAGUUGCCUUAACAACAUCCUCUCUUGCAACACUCAAACCUCUUUUGAAGCAUAUGCGGCUUUUCAACACCAUAUCUUCAUCUGAGAGACUUGGCUCAGAAUCUGACGAAAGAAUCAGUAACACAACAUUUAGAAGAAAACCCACUAUAACCAAGCGAGUGGAUACUUCCCCCAACCUUCGAGGCGAAGGAGACUUAUGGCGCACAGAUUCUAUAGGUGUAGAAUUGCUGUUUGUCGAUGUCAAGGCAUCAAUGCCUUCGGCGUCCACGGCUGCUCUGUUUGCUCCCAAGAAGGAGUCUGAGAAGCCCAAGGGCAAUGGACUCUUUGGUAAUUCGGAUGCCGCAAACCCGUUGACUGGCGCGUCUGCAGCUCUCUUUGGCAUCAAGCCAGCGACGCCGGCCGCAGCAUCAUCUCCUGCUCCGCUAUCCGCCCCUUCUCCCGCCCCUACUACCAACCUAUCUAACACUGUACCAGCCGCACUACCCGCAACGACCACUUCAGUUACCUCGACUAACUUGUUUGGUGCCGCAGCCCCUGCACCUAAUUAG